AAAUCUCUCAUAAUUUUGCAUCCCUUUCCUUUCAACCACACAACACAAAAGAAACACAAACCAAACAAAUUUUCAUUUUUUUUUUUUCAUCUUUGUUCAAUCUCCAAACCAAAACCUUGUGUUCUCCGAAAAACCUUUGCACCUUUUGAGUUUUACUUUUUUUUCUUUGAAUGACAAACACAAAAGGUGGAAACAUGUUAGUAGAGAGAAAUACCAAUACCAAUAACAAUAAUAAUACCAAUGAGAAAAUACACAGACCCAAAUUCGGAGCGUUUCUUCACUCCGAACCGGCGUCGUUUUACGCCGACGAUGGUACUCAAGGACGCAUCAGCAACGUCUCCGCUGCGAGCCCUCGAACAUACAACGGCGACUGCAGCACACCCACCUGCAGCAGCAACAAUGCUUCCCCUGGUUACAUGUUGUCUCCAUGGAACCAAGAGCAUAACUCUCCUCUCAACAAAUCUCCAUGGCUAAUGCCAUCCUCAGAAGCAAUCAACCUCUUCCACCACCACCACAAUCAUCAAAACCAUAACAAUGAAGACGACAACGAUAGAUACUACCCCGAAAACGGCCUCAUCGGGUCACUUGUUCGCGAAGAAGGUCACAUAUAUUCGUUAGCUGUUUCCGGUGACUUGUUAUACACCGGCUCCGAUAGCAAAAACAUAAGGGUGUGGAAAGAUCUUAAAGACUACACCGGUUUCAAAUCCAGCAGCGGUUUGGUUAAAACCAUUGUAAUCUCUGAAGGGAACAUCUUCACGGGUCAUCAAGACGGAAAAAUCAGAGUUUGGAAAAAUUCAUCAAAAAAUUCAAAACUACACAAGCGCGUUGGAAGCUUGCCUACUUUCAAAGACUACGUCAAAAGUUCAAUGAAUCCGAAGAAUUACGUUGAAGUCCGGCGACGGAGAAACACGGUGAAGGUAAAGCAUUUCGACGCCAUUUCGAGUCUGAGUUUGGAUCAAGAACAAGGGUUGUUGUAUUCCGCUUCAUGGGAUAAAUCUUUCAAAGUUUGGCGCGUGGGAGAUUUCAAGUGCUUAGAAUCAAUCAACGCUCACGACGACGCCGUGAAUGCGGUGGUCGCUGCAUUUCAAAGCUAUGUUUUCACCGGCUCAGCCGACGGAACGGUCAAGAUGUGGAAAAGAGAAACCGAUGGAAAAGGGAAGAAAACAAAGCACGUAUUGGAUAGAAUUUUGUUGAAACAAGAGAACGCCGUAACGGCUUUAACGGUGAACCGUUUAUCGACCGUUAUUUACUGCGGUUCAUCGGACGGAUUGGUUAACUUCUGGGAGCGGCAGCAGAAGAAUAACCUCACUCACGGCGGCGUUUUGAAGGGACACAAACUCGCCGUCCUGUGUCUCGCCGCCGCAAAUAACCUCUUGUUCAGCGGUUCCGCCGAUAAGAAUGUUUGCGUGUGGAAACGUGAGCAGGGUGGGUCCCACAUAUGUCUUUCUGUUUUGACAGGACACACUGGUCCUGUUAAAUGCAUUGCCGUUGAAGAACACGAGGAGCAAGAUCGACGUGCUGUUGAGAAGAACGAUCAACGGUGGAUUGUUUACACCGGAAGCUUAGAUAAGUCUGUUAAGGUGUGGCGCGUGUCGGAACACGCGCCACAGUUGAGAUUGAUGCAAGGUUGGACUAAUCCGAUUGUACCUAAGGGAUAUGAUUCCCCUGCUAAUGUCAGCAAAAAUAGAAAAUUUUAGAUUUUUUUUUUUAAAUUUGUAAUUGUGUAUUAUUUUCUUGUGGAUGAUGAAAAUUAAGGUUUUGAGAAAGAUUGAUGUGUGGAAA